AUACUAGCCGUAUACCCAAUAUCAGGAUAUGGCCUAGAGUGACGCAUGAUGGAUACUACUUCAUUAAUGCUACUCUUUUAAAUGGAGUUACUGGUGUUAUGGUACAGGUGCUAUAUCUCAAUGGGACAGUGUUCUUCAAGCAACCUAUCCUAAGGAAUUCUUUGCACCAUUAUGUUAUAGCUAACAGCAGUACUCGCUUACCUAAUGGGACCUUUGAUGUAUUUGUGUAUCCAUUACUGAGUGAUGGAAGGUCAUUUGAUAGUAAUCAUACUGCAAUGAACUUCUCAGUAACUUGUACGAUGAGCCAUGAUCCAAGUGAUGAUACACCAACUACUAAGAAAAGAAAUGUACCUGUUGGAUUAAUCAUCACUGUUCUGAUCUGUGCACUAGUAUUAUUGAUUGUUGCUAUAAUUGCAGCUAUUCUGCUAGGAGUGAGAAUGAGGAGAAGAGGACGAUGGACACCUCAUCCUAAUGAUGGAGGAAGAAGAGAUGAUGGAGGAGGAGGAGAUGACGGAGGAGGAGGAGGAAAUGAAGGAAGAGUUGAUGAAGGAGGAGCAGUAUUGAGACGAAUAAAUGGAGGGGGAGAUAUUGAAAUAGAUAAUGUUGUUGCUAAUCAUAGUGGCAAUGAAGAAAAUAAUGAUAUAGGACAAAGACAGGUACAGGUAGAUAAUGUAGAAAAUGGGGACAACACGGUCAACACUGGUGAUGAGUCUAUUAAUACUUCUACUCCUUCUCUACAUAAUGGAGGACAAAUAGAACCAGCUACUGCGGAUAAACAUGAAGAAACUGCUACUGUGGACAACGCUUCAGCUCAAAGCAAUCUUGCAAAACCAACGGAAGCUACAGAAGUAGGUAAAGAAGAUGGACCUGUUAUACCGGCAGAUCAAUCUUGUGGACUUCCAACAGCUCAAGAUACAACUUGUAGCUCUGAAGUCAAUUCAUUGAGUACUCUUUUGCCACAAGAUGAUUUUCCUCCAAAAAGCACAUUUACGUGGGGUAUAUUUAAGAAGAAGACUCAUCAAGGACACGAUCAGCCAGUGCCACCAAAUGAAGAGUUGGAUCAGUUACAAGGAGAUGAUUUUGCGUUGCCUGAACCUAUUGCUGAUACUGAUAAUGAAGAAAAACCUGAUUUGGUUCAUGGCAUCAUGGCUAGACAACAAAGCAUACCUGUGGAGGAUCAGGGCGCCACUUCACGGUUUGAAUAUUACUCUCCCACCAGUUCACUUAAUACCUGUCAACUGAAAAUUGAGAAGACCAACCAAUGAAUAUUAAGACUAAUCAAGCUGAAUACUAUUUUCCUACUUGCUGCCAAUAAUCAUUGUCUUGCUAAUCAUUUUACUUUGCUAAUCAUUUGCUGCUUUUAUCAUGCAACCACUGUGUGCUUAAACUUA